GGAUAUUUGGCAUUUACUAGUUUUGUAAAUUACAAGGGUUUAACUUUUUGUGUGUGUGUGUGUGUGUGUGUGUGUGUGUGUGUUAAUAAUAUUUACAUGAACAAAAUAGUCCUGUGAGUUUAUCUGGGCCCUCUAUUGACGGGCAUAGAGGGGUGGGAGGUGUUGCUGCAAGGUAUGCCAAGUAAUUCAAAUUAACAGCUUUUGUUAACACCACCCUGGCUGGGGGUGAUUCUAAAGAAACUUUGAGGCCGGUUUUCUCACUAAUCUUCUUUGCAAAGUGCCAACUUUCAAAUGGUCAUAUCUUCCUAAAUUCUUCGCUGAUUUCCACCAGUUUUACAUCAUUGGGAAACUUAGAUUCCACUUUCAGAAUCUGUAAAUAGCUCAAAACAGCCCUAGGGAGACUUGUUCUUGGUUGACUUCUACUACAGGCCUAUGUUGAUGACACCAAAACCUGCAUGACUUAAAAUUUUCUGCUUUUAAAAAUUCUGACAAGAAAGAAGUUGUCAUCUUUGGACCAAAGUUGUUCAAUAUUAUUGUUGAUGUUCUUGUUGACUUCCUGUUGUGGGCAGAGAUUUACACAGGUGGGCGCAAUCUGCUAAUAAAGGGCCAAAGGCUGCUCUGGUGAGCACUGCACUCAGGCCAAACGAAAAAGAGAGCUAUGUUGUUUUUCCUUCGUCACGACCCAGCAUUUCCAGCCCUUUAAUGAUGGCAGCGUCAACAGGUUAUGGGCCCAGGAAGGAGUGUGGAAGCCGAUGGAACCGAUUGUGCUUUGACGGAGAUGAAAAGAAGUAUGGGUUGUGGGAAACAAAGUUUUUGGCCCACUUACGUCUGCUUGAGCUGAAGAAUACCAUAUUACUGAAGGGUGAACCCGAUGACGUGGAAGAAGACGCCACUAAAAAUGAAGAGGCAUAUGCAGAAUUAAUUCAAGUAUUGGACGAUAAGAGUUUUUCCCUUGUGAUGAGAGAUGCUGCGGAUGAUGGCAGAAAAGCCUUAAAGAUCCUCAGAGAUCACUAUGCUGGUCCGGGUAAGCCACGAGUGAUUAGUUUGUAUACGGAGCUGACGUCUCUUCAGAAAGGUGUCAAUGAGAACGUGACUGACUACAUUAUCUGAGCAGAAUCUGCCAUUACAGCGCUGCGUAAUACAGGAGAAGUUUUAAGUGAUGGCCUGCUGACGGCAAUGAUAUUAAAAGGCCUGCCUGAUGAGUUCAAACCAUUCUCUGUUUAUAUUACACAGAGUGAUGAAGAGUUAACUUUUGCCCAAUUUAAAAUGAAGCUGAGAAGCGAUGGGAGCACAGAGAAGUUGUGUGUUGCUGGCUCAGCUGAAGAUUGUGUGAUGAAAGUUAAAGGAAGAGACAAUUGGAGCAUAAAACUCCCCUGUUACAACUGUGGCCAGAGAGGGCACAAAUCCCUGGAUUGUCCUUCAACCUCGGGCAAGCGCAGUGAGCUGAAACAGUGGUGUAGUUUCUGCAAGACCACCACGCAUAAGAAUGCAAACUGUCGGCGGAAAAGGCGAGACAAGGUCAAGCAAGCGAUGAAUGAGGAGGACCACACGUUCGCUUUCAAGGUGAAGCAGAGCGACGACGCCCAGAUCUAUGGCACGAAGGUGAAGGGCCUCAUGGUCGACUCGGGUGCAACAAAACACAUUGUGACAGACGCUGCAAAAUUCAAGGAUUUUAACUCGACUUUUAAGCCUCAGAGCCAUAUUUUGGAGUUGGCUGAUGGCGUGAGGACCAGUGGCAUCGCACUGAAGAAAGGCACCGCCAGGGUUCGCUUGAGAGACAGCAACGGCCGAAUUGUGGAGAUGAUGUUAAUGGACACCUUAUACGUGCUGUCAUUUUCCCAGGACAUCUUGUUGGUUAAAGCUGCAACUGCCCAAGGAGCGACAGUCAUCUUCAAAGAUGGACAGAUCCGGCUCAUCCAUAAAAAUGGAUCGCAUGUGAUGUGCCUAAGACAGUGGGAGAAGCUAUGCGCUCACCACAGUCAGAACUAUGGGCUAAAGCUAUGAAGGAUGAAAUGGAUUCUUUGAUGGAGAAUAAUACUUACAGCCUAACUUCAUUACCUGAAGGUAAGCAAGCAGUGGGGGGCAGAUGGGUAUUUACUAUUAAAGAAAAUCUUGUUGAGACACUUUAUAAGGCGAGAUAUGUAGCAAAAGGCUAUAAUCAGGUUGCUGGUAUUGAUUAUAAUGAGACUUUUUCCCUGACUGCUGAUAUGACAUCUGUGCGUGUUCUAAUGCAGCUAGCUGCUCAAUAUGAUUUGGAAUUGCACCAAAUGGAUGUAAAAACGACAUAUUUACAUGCCUCUAGUGAUUGCGAGAUAUUUUUAGAACAACCUGAAGGAUUUGAGGUGGUAACAGAGACAGGAGAAAAAUUAGUCUGUAAGCCUAAUAAGUCACUCUAUGGUCUGAAACAGUCAGUACGAAAUUGGAAUAAAAUGUUACAUGAUUUCGCAUUGAAAAUGACUUUGUGCAGAACCCUGCUGACUAUUGUGUUUACAGUAAAGAAAAUGAACAUGAGAGAGUGAUCUUGAUUAUUUGGGUUGAUGAUCUUCUUAUUGCAGCUAGUAAUGAUCAAAUACUCAAGUGUGUGAGAAAAUGUUGGCUGCUAAGUUUAAAUUUAAAGAUUUUGGAAAACUUAACCAUUUUCUAGGAAUUGAUUUUACACAGAACCACGGUCAAGUAAAAAUGAACCAGAAAAGAUACAUCAUGAAACUCUUGGAGAGGUUUGACAUGACUAACUGCAAGCCAAGGUCAACCCCAUGUGAAAAUAAAAUUAAGUUUGACAGUGAAAGUCAAUCUGCUGAUCAUAAAAAGUAUUGUGAAGUAGUGGGGAGUUUAAUGAUGAGCACUAGGCCAGACUUGAGUUUUAUUGUCAGUAAGUUGUCACAAUAUUUGUCUGAACCAAAAGAACAACACUGGGUUGCAGCAAAGCAUGUAUUGAGGUAUCUGAAAUGUACACUAAAUCAAGAAUUAUGCUUCAUUAUGUCAAAAAUGACAUAACCCUUAACCUUGUGGCAUACUGUGAUGCAGACUGGGCAGGAGACCAGGGGUCCGUUUUUCGUACGUUGCUUAAAACAUCCGAGAUCAAAU